AUGGUGUCCAUGGUGUCGGCCCUCUGCUGCAUUUUUCACGGCGGUCCUGCUCUUGCGACGCUUGGUACGGUUUGCGCGAUCAUUUUUUCCUGGCGCGGUUGCACAUUGGCUGUCCACUUGCGACCAGACGAGGAUUUCCAAUCGCGCGUGGUGAUUCAGAAGGUGUCCCAGGCAUACAGCAGUUCCGAGCACCACGAGAGGAGGCUUCAAGAUGCUUCCACGUGCGAGGAGGUUCAUGCAGCUCCUUAUGCUCCAAUGAAGAUUGGGUAUGAGAUGGUGGAUGUUGAUGCCGUUGCACCACACCUGGUAGAGUUGGUCAAUGAGACUGUCAUGGCACGUGCAGUGGCCUACUGGUCGUCGGUGCUGCAGGUCCGCCAGGCCCAGAAGCCAUUGAAAAUGGACCGACUUGGCACUGGCUGCUUCAAGUAUGGCUUUGACACCGACUGGCGCUGCAGUGGUAUGCAGACUCCAACCUGUGGCUCCCUGGUUGUUCCUGACAAGUACCUGCGCGCUCGCCGGGCCUGUCAGGAAGUUUGCGGGCCACGCUGCACUGGGAGCUGUGUGCAAGGAGACAGCUGUGCUUGUGACGUUGCCGAAUGGCUGGUGCAACAAGACAGCUACUGCUGCUUCUUGACUCCCCAAGCUGGGUGUCCCAGCGAUUGCUCACUUGCAAAUGCGACACAGGUGGGCAAUGGCACUGGUGGUGGCUUUGUUUGUGAGGGCAUGUGCGUUGAUGCGCCAGAGGGUGAAGGAGCUGUUGGUGAAGAUCUCCAUGUCUUCGUGAAGAUCGAAGAUUCAGUGGAGUGCCAGGCUUCGGACACACUGCUGGCUUAUGCAAUUUCCUGUGGCGUUGACCAAUGCGAUCGUCCUGUGUUUGGAGCCAUCAAUUUCUGUCCAACACAGCUGUCUACAUCACCGGAUGAGCUUGGCGGAAUAAUCUCCACGGCUGUACAUGAACUGGCUCAUGUCUUAGUCUUCAGCAACGAGCAUUUUCGGAACUUCAGGAAUUCAGAUGGGACCCCAGUGAUUCCCAGGGACACGGCCGAGCCACGGCUGUACCAAGAUGAAGUUCGGUACUCGUGCAAUGAGAACGCGUAUGCCUGGAAUGUUACCAGCGGCAACAGGAGGUAUGUGGACCUCAGCCCAGACAUCCUGGACUCCUUCAGCGAGCGGGGUUACAACUGCCAAUGCCCCAUCGGCACACCGACCCUGAAUCCAGGAUGCUUCUACCCCGCUGGACCGCCCUUCCUGCAGGUGCCGAGCUGCGUGGUGAGAAUGAAGACGCCCACGGUCCUCCGUGAGGUCAGGGAUUUCUUUGACUGUCCAACGCUGGGUGGCGCGGAGCUCGAGAAUCAAGAAGGCAAUGGUUGCAGCAUCAUAAGCAGCCACUGGGAGCAGAGAGUCUUCGCUUCCGAGCUCAUGGCACCAGCAUCUUCCGAGCACUUGAUUGACACCUACGUCUCGCGCGUGAGCUUGGCUGUCUUCCAAGACUCCGGCUGGUACAACGCGAACCUCUCUGCCGCCGAUCCUCUGGUGCGCAACGUGCACUGGGGCUACAAGCAAGGCUGCAACUUUGCAACUGCAAAGUGCGUUGAUGGCGGCACCCCAGUCUCCCGGCAUUUCUGCAGCAGCCAGUCUGACACCUCAUGCUCGCUGGACAGAAGGUCCGUCCUCGGAUGUGAUGUUCAGCUUUCGGAUUCGGUGCCGGCCGUGUACCAGUACACACCUGAGAACGGCCUGGGCCGUUCAGCGGAGGCUGACUACUGCCCACACUACACGGUGCGCUACGUGAACCGCGUUUGCAGCAGCAACGAAUCGACCACCGUGCCCUACUCGAAUGUCAACUUCAUGAAGGAAGUCUUCUCGGCAGAAAGCCGGUGCUUCCUGAGCACGCUGCACCAGGAUGUUCCGGCCGACAACGGAGGAAUCUUCGUGGCACAGCCGGAUGACUUUGUCAACGAGAGGCCUGUCUGCUACAAGGUGAUGUGUGACGCUGGAGGGCAGAGCUACCAGCUCCAGGUUGCUGAUGGGACGAGCGUUCGGUCCGUCGGCAGCUGUAGCAGCGACGGUCAGAAGCUGACCCUGGCGGGUGCAGGUGGCACGAUCACCUGCGCAUCGCCCUCUGAAGUUUGUGCAGACCUGUCCCCGCGGCAUGUCCUUGGAGACGAGUGGCGGAACAUGCAAGGAGCGAGCGACACCACUGUCAGCACUACCAGUGCCACCACCAUCAGUGCAACGUCCACAUCGGCUUCCUCCACCACACACUCAGGUGCCACGCGAACGGUCACUUCGACGACCACAGGUACCUCCUCGAAGACUUCAGCAUCGACCACUACUGGUAGCGCUACGACGUCAACCGCCUUGGCCUUAGAGCCGGGUGAAUUAGCUGCAGCUGGACGCCCUGUUGGCGCGAUUGCAGCUGUGCUGAUCACAUCAGCUGUGACUUGCAUGUGA